AUGGCCGACUCCGAAUUGCCCCACCGUCCCAAGCCCGAGGCCCAGGAUGCCUCCGCUCCCGCCGCGGAAGGUGAGACCAAGAACGCAAGCAAGAACGCACUGAAGAAGGCCGCAAAGGAUAAGGCCAAGGCAGAGAAGGCUGCGGCGCGUGCAGCGCAAGAAAAGGCCCAGGCCGCAGCCCAGGAGGCCAACGACACAGCCAAGGAUCUGUACGGCCCUCUCCCAGAGGCCGAGAACGCCAUCCCGUCUACACGAUUCAGCGAACUCUCAGAGGAACACUACGAGAAGGAGGUGACAGUUGUGGCGCGUGUGGACAAUGCGCGUGUGCAGAGUGCUAAGCUUGCAUUCUUGAUGCUGCGCCAGCAGGGACAAAAAGUGCAGGCCGUCAUUGCGGCCGCGGAGCCCAUCUCGCGACAGAUGAUCAAGUACACCGGAGGCCUGAACGUCAACUCGAUUGUGCAGAUUACCGGUAUUGUGAAGAAGCCCGAGAUUCCGAUCUCGUCUGCGUCCAUCAGCCACCUAGAGAUCCACAUUCGCAAGGUCUACAUGAUCUCCGAGGCUGCGCAGAUGCUCCCUAUGCAAGUCAAGGAUGCUGAGCGCCCGCCCCCAGAGAGCAUUGAUGAAGGUGCUCAGGUUGAUGCCGAGGGUGCUCCCAUCGUCACCCUCAAGACUCGCCUUGAUAACCGGGUCCUCGAUCUGCAGACCGAGACCAGCCAGGCCAUCACCUGGAUUUCCAGCGGUGUCUCCCAGCUAUUUGCUGAGUACAUGAUUAAGAGUGGCUCCCGGUGGAUCUCCACACCUAAGCUGGUUGGUGCUGCCACAGAAGGUGGCAGCGGUGUCUUCGAGGUGAAGUACUUCAAGCGCAAUGCCUACUUGGCGCAGAGUCCCCAGCUAUACAAGCAGAUGUGUAUCGCCGGUGAUAUGGAGAACGUAUUCGAGAUCGCCCCCGUAUUCCGUGCCGAGGACAGCAACACCCACCGCCACUUGACUGAGUUCUCCGGUCUCGAUUUCGAGAAGACCUUCCGUGGCCACUACCACGAGGUUCUGGAGUUCGCUGAAGACCUCCUUGUCUUCAUCCUCACCCAGCUCAAGGAGCGCUACGCAACCCAGAUCGCCACCAUCCAAAAGUCCUACCCCAAGGCCGGCGACUUCAAGCUUCCCAAGGACGGUAAGGCGCUGCGCUUGAACUACAUGGACGGUGUUGCGCUUCUGAAGGAAGCCGGUGUCGACGUCUCAGAGCAAGAACGCUUCGAGAACGACUUCUCCACCGCGAUGGAGAAGCAGCUCGGCCAAAUCAUCCGUGAGAAGUACGACACCGACUUCUACGUGCUCGACAAGUUCCCCAUGGCUGUCCGUCCCUUCUACACCAAGGCCGAUCCCGACGACAAGCGCUUCUCUAACUCGUACGACUUCUUCAUGCGUGGCGAAGAGAUCAUGUCUGGUGCCCAGCGUAUCAACGAUAUCAAGGAGUUGGAGGAGUCUAUGCGCUCCAAGGGUCUUGAGCCUAACCAGGAGGGCUUCGAGGAUUACCUCAAUGCUUUCCGCCAGGGUUGCCCCCCUCACGCCGGUGGUGGUCUUGGUCUCAACCGUAUUGUUAUGUUCUUCCUUGGCUUGCCUAACGUCCGUUUGGCUUCGCUCUUCCCCCGUGACCCUCAGCGUCUGCGUCCUUGA